UAUUGUUUCUCCGUCCCCUGCCCUGCUACUCUCUGCCCCGGGCUUGGAGCUCUCAGGCACCCUGGGAUGGCGUUCCCGGGCAGGGUGCACCCUUGUGUUAUCCCAGAGAAUGAAGAAAUCCCCCAGGCAGUCCUUAACAGUGUCCACCAGGCUAAUGGCAAUGAAGACGAGCGGGCUGUGUCCAAAUUACAGCGCAGGCACAGUGACGUAAAGGUCUACAAGGAGUUUUGUGACUUUUAUGCAAAAUUCAACAUGGCCAAUGCUCUGGCCAACGCCACCUGUGAACGCUGCAAGGGGGGCUUUGCACCCGCCGAGAAGAUAGUAAACAGUAACGGGGAGCUGUACCACGAGCAGUGCUUCGUGUGUGCUCAGUGCUUCCAGCAGUUUCCAGAGGGACUCUUCUAUGAGUUUGAAGGAAGGAAGUAUUGUGAACAUGACUUUCAGAUGCUCUUUGCUCCUUGCUGUCAUCAGUGUGGUGAAUUCAUCAUUGGCCGAGUGAUCAAAGCCAUGAAUAACAGCUGGCAUCCUGAGUGCUUCCGCUGUGACCUCUGCCAGGAAGUGCUGGCAGAUAUUGGGUUUGUCAAGAAUGCUGGGAGACAUCUAUGUCGCCCCUGUCAUAAUCGUGAGAAAGCCAGAGGCCUUGGAAAAUACAUCUGCCAGAAAUGCCAUGCCAUCAUUGAUGAGCAGCCGCUGAUAUUCAAGAAUGACCCUUACCAUCCAGACCAUUUCAACUGUGCCAAUUGCGGGAAGGAGCUGACAGCUGAUGCCCGGGAGCUGAAGGGAGAACUGUACUGCCUGCCGUGCCAUGAUAAAAUGGGAGUCCCCAUCUGUGGCGCUUGUCGACGGCCCAUUGAAGGGCGUGUGGUGAAUGCCAUGGGCAAGCAGUGGCAUGUGGAGCAUUUUGUUUGUGCCAAGUGUGAAAAGCCAUUUCUUGGACAUCGCCAUUAUGAAAGGAAGGGCCUGGCCUAUUGCGAAACCCACUAUAACCAGCUAUUUGGUGAUGUUUGUUUCCACUGCAACCGUGUUAUAGAGGGUGAUGUGGUCUCUGCUCUGAAUAAGGCCUGGUGUGUCAACUGUUUUGCCUGCUCGACCUGCAACACUAAAUUAACACUCAAGAAUAAAUUUGUGGAGUUUGACAUGAAGCCCGUCUGUAAGAAGUGCUAUGAGAAAUUUCCAUUGGAGCUGAAGAAAAGACUCAAGAAACUAGCUGAGACCUUAGGAAGGAAAUAACUUCCUUUAUUUUUUUUCUCUCUUCUAUGCAAAUAAAAGAGAUUACCAACAUUACUUGACUUGAUCCACCCUAUUUAAAGCUGUAUCUCAAAAUAGUUGAGAGUAAAGAGGGCCUGUAUGAAUGAGUUUCUUCAUUUCCUUCUCAUUAAAAAAGAAAAAAAGCUUGUGUAAUUAAAACACAGAUGAAAUCAUGAUUUGCUUUUGUUAAUAACCCUUAUCAACUUGUCAAAAUGUAGACUAUAUUUAACAACAGACAACACAUGGUAUAGAUGUUAGAUUUUAAUUAAGGUCCAAAAAAAUUAGUUUAACUUUUAAAAAUGAAAGUAGGGAGUCAGCUUUCACAGGACUCAGAUUUUUUUUAAAAAUGGAAACAUUGUUUUACUUUGUAUUCAAAAGAUAAAUAAUUCAAACUGCUGCUAGGAAGGACAUAAGGAAGAAAAAUAACCAGCCAAGGAAAAGAACUCUUGUAGAAUCCAAGUAUGUUUACCAAACUAGUAGCUAUAAGAGGAGUACACACAUUACUAAGACAAGAAACAAGUGUAUUCAGAACUACUUGAUUUCUUUUUGUUGUUGUUAAAUGCAAUAAUUAUGCUUGGUUUUAUAAUUUGUUCUCCUUGUGAACUUCUUCCUUCCUACAGUUAUUUAACACAGUAGUUAUAGCUAGCUAAUAGUAUGCCUUUCUAAAUUUUGUGCAAAAAAAAUUUAUACUAGGCAUUUGAAAAUUCAGUAUACUUUAUGAUAUUGGAAGAAAUGAAGUAUUUUUUAACAUAUUAUAGCAAGUAUGCUUCUAAGCUUAAGGUCAAAGAUGUAGGUCUUAGAAUAGGACACAAAAUUAAAUUUUAUGUAGCUUGGAAUGUAUCACUUAAAAACAAGUGAAUGUAUAUGUAUUGGUCUUACUGCCUUUAUAACCAUGCUAAUGUCUAUGCUUUAUAUGUAAUCAAACUUGCCUUGUCUUAGAAAAACACAUAUGUUAUUCAGGAAUUCUAGCUAUUUCAUGCAAUACCAAAAAUAAGUGCAUUGACUGAGAUUUGUAAACCCAAAAUCCUCUACCACAGCUAUGGUGAUACUUGAUUUUUUAUUUUCCCUCCUUUUUGUGGGAGAUAAUUAAUUUUUGUCAUCUUGUCAAAAGAGAAUGAUAUGGAUAGAUGUUUCAAGUUUUUCAUUUCAAAUCUUGUAAUUGGAUUUUAUUUACUAUAGGGAGGAGAUUAAAAUGACACUUUUAAAUUGGAAGGGGGAUGUUUAAAUGUCAAUUUUAGGUCAAAAGUAGUAGAUUAUUCUACUUUAUAAAAAGUGUUUUUAUUUUAUCUUGAAGUUUCUGGCCAUUCUUUCUUGAUAAACUUGUAUGCAAACCAAAUUUUGUGAAUAUUUGUUAAAUGUUGCUGCUGCUGUGUUACCAUUUUAAAAAAAGUUCCCAACAUAGACUUUUUAAGGAAGAAAUUAUUGGUUUCUAAAAAAAUUGCUGAAAUGUCAUUUUGCCAUUAAAAAAAAAAAAAACUCAGGAUGUACCACUCUGCCAUUAAAAUAUUUCUAUGCAUGUAUGUUUUUAAAAGUUUGUGCAUGCACUUUACAGAGUAAAUUCUAUUUCGGUUUUCUGAUCAUUUAUAACGUAUUACUUUUUAGUGUUCUUUUAGAAUUCAAAGAAUUAUCAGCGAUUGAAAAUAAUCAAUAUAUAGUUUAAGACUGUAUGUACUCAGAAGUUUAAAACAGUCUUUGCAUUUGACAGUAAGAAUCAAAAUCCCUUCAGUGUGCCUUUGUCAGCUAAUACAUGACCAGCAAGGAAAACUUUGAAAGUAUUUAUUAAAUACUCUGGAUAUAGACAAAAUAGUACAGGCUUUACAAUUUGGGGUCUUGAUGCUAAAUUGUCAAAUACCCCUAACACCAGAAAUAAGGAACAGUAAAAUAACCACUUACCCAUAUUCUCAACCGGUUUGAAGAUGCCUGAACUGAGCUCAGCUGCUUUGUUUAUGUAUCUUAUGUAGCCAGGCUUCUCCUGCAGCCCUGCUGCUGUCUGCUCAUUCUUCUUUUAAAAUACAAGUUAAUAUCUCCUGGAAGUUUGAUAUGGUAAGUCUCUGCUACUUCAGGAUAUUUUGUCUAGAUACAGUACUUUCUUCCCUGAUAGGAUGCAUCAUUGCAGCCCUGGGAAAGGAGGAGGAAGUCGAAAGUUUGUGGAAUAGAAGACGGGCUUGGUUGAGCUCAUAAUAUUUUUUGUAGAGUUUUUCCUGGCUGUGGAAAAACUCAGGCUGGUAAGCAUUUCUCUGUUUAAAGUCCUACAAGGCAAUUUGAAAUAAUUCAUUCUUCUUACCCAACUUCUAAGUGCUCUUUUUCUCACCAAGCCUAAUAUAAUUGAGGGAAAUGUCGGGGUGCUGGCUUAAGGCUGCACACUGACAUCUGGAUCAUGUUCAAAGCCUUAUUAACAUUGUACCUAAAAUGAUAGGCCACUUUGCCUCACUUACUUGCCAAAAUAGCCAUUUCUAAGUUAAGGAAAUUUUGAGGUAGUCUUAACAGCAUUCUUGUAUUUCAUUUUAGAUUGUAAGCUCGAUGGCAGGGACACUAUAUUGUUAAAUAAGCUUUUAUAUAGCAACCAUUGCAGUAUACUCUUGGUGCUUAAUAAAUGCUCAUGAUUAUUAAGAAUAA